AUGGCUUCUUCAGAACUUGCUCAGCUUAUUCCCCCCGACUCAUGGGAUUCGCAUAUGCAUAUUGUCGAUGUUGAGAAUUACGCUCUGGACCCUUCAGCAAUAUAUCGUCCAUCCUCGCACACUCUUGAGCAGGCCCUCAACUUUGAAACCAGCGUGGGCCUCCGAAAUAUCGUUCUUGUUCAGCCAUCUAUUUAUGGCUUGAACAAUUCGUGUUUACUUGAUGGUCUGCGAGAUCUUGGUUCGGAGCGUGGAAGGGGUGUCGUUGCAAUUGACCCUGAAGCUUUUGACGCCGAUGAGCUUCGCAAGUGGCACGAGUUGGGUGUGCGCGGUGUGAGACUCAACCUGCAGUCGGUUAGAGCAGAAUUGGACGCGGCUGAAUUGGAGCAACAGUUGACAUUAUAUGCUGACGCUGUAAGACCAUUGGGCUGGGUCGUUCAAGUUUACGUUCCCAUGAAGAUGAUUGAGCUCCUGGAGCCUAUCAUCCCAAAGCUCAACAUCAAGUUCUGCAUCGACCACCUAGGACACCCGCCGCUGAAAGACCAACAGGUUGUUGAGAUGUAUGACCUGCCAGGUUUCUCAUCUCUAACUCGUCUGCUCAAAAAUGGUCUUACUUAUGUCAAGUUAUCGGCCCCUUAUCGCAUAGCCGCUCAAUCAGAUUACAGCGAUCUGGAUCCCCUCGCCAAAGAAGUAAUUCGUAUUGCAGGCAAUAGCCAUGUCGUUUUCGCAACUGACUGGCCUCACACGCGGUUCGAGGGUCUCGAUAUCAGGCCCUGGAUGCAGAAAGUAGUUGGCUGGUGUGGUGAUGAUGAGCAUCUCAAAGAGAGGCUAUUCAGAGGAAACGCAGAGGAUUUGUGGGAUGUCAAAAGAUCACCAAGAGCAUGA